GUUCCGUCCUCCAAAGCUCGGACUUGGAAACGCCAUGGCUUUUCCAGAGCGGAGCCCUGGGAAGAACAGAAGGGAAGAAGAGUGGCGGCCUUUUACAAAAUCUCUGACAUUCUGUUGGCUUUUGCAGCAAGCUAGUUUCUGAUUAGCGGUACACAAGCUAUCGGUGCCGUGCCCAGCUACGAAGCUACGUUCUCUCACUGGUAGUUCAACAGCACAGGGUGUUGACAUUUCACUGAUAAGUGGAGGACCGUCCCAUUUCAUGCGAAGGGGUGGUGGUUCAUGCCCUCCGGAAUCUGGUAAACAAAGCAACCAGGCACGGUAAUCUGAUGGACAGGAAGAAUCACGUCAGCAUUUGCCUUUAGGGGGCAGAGACAUGGACCUUUCCUUGUCGGCCUGGUGGAGAACGACCCUGCUCUGUGCCUGCAUACUUGCCACUUUCUUCCAAAAUGCAUUUGGAGGUCCCACAGACAUCUUCCCACCAGCAUGCCCCUUCACUUAUCCUGCAGACACAGAGUGGGAGUUGUGGAGCAGUCCUCUGACAUGGGGCAACACUGGCGUGAUUCCUGGGGUCGGUGCGGGCGUCGGGCAGACAGUGGAGGUGCCUUGCGGCCGUUCCAUCCUGCUGGACGUCCCCCGCAUCCAGGUCUACUUUCUGAAUGUGACGGGGCAUCUCAAGUUUCUAGACAACGCCACUCUGGGCAACAUCACGGUGGAGACUAACUACCUCCUGGUUCAGGGGCAGUUAACCAUUGGCCUCCCUGACCAGCCUUACACCCAGUAUGCCACCAUAACGCUAACCCCUGAAGCCAACAGAACGGACCUGGUCAACAGAAGGGCGUUCGGGGGCUCGUUCCUGUCGCUCGACCUGGGACACAAAGUUUUUGCAGUGGUCGGGGGCCAGCUUCACUUGCACGGAAUGCCCGGCGGUUCGGACACCCCUGCCUGGGUCCACGUCACGAAGACAGCAUAUGCUGGAGACACGACGCUCUCGGUGUAUGGUGACGUGUCGUCCUGGCCGGUGGGGGGAGACAUUGUGGUUGCGUCCACCGAUUACGACUUCAACCAAGCGGAGAGGCUCAAGAUCACCGGCGUGUCAAAUGGCUCUGCGGGAGGCUCGGUGAUCCGCCUCGGCCGCCCCCUUACUUACAUGCACUGGGGCGACCCCCUGGACGCGGGCAUCGACGAACGCAUCAUCUACCAGACGGCAGAAGUGGCACUUUUGACGCGCCACAUUCUGAUUCAGGGUGUGCGGGAAGCAGGCAACUAUAGCCUGGAAGGCGGCCACUUCAUAAUCUUCCAAACGCAGACGCCCCAGUACAUCGAGGGCGUCGAGCUAACUAGCAUGGGUCAGCAGGGCACGUUGGGGCGGUAUCCCAUGCAUUUUCAUCUGCUGCAAGACACCGCUUUCAGCUCGUAUGCGCGCAAGCUCGCGAUUCACGACACCAACCAGCGCUGCAUCGUUGUGCACGGGACGCACCGAAUGCUGGUGGAGGAUAACGUGGCGUUCAACACGAGCGGGCACUGCUUCAUGGUGGAGGACGGCAUUGAGACGGGCAACAACUUCACCCACAACCUGGGUAUCCUCCAGCGGCCAGCUCUAAGACUGAUUCCCCCCGACCUCGGCGAAGACAACAACACGGACAAUUCUCCUGCAACCUUUUGGAUCACCAACGCAAACAACUCCGUCACGCACAACGUCGGAGGCGGCGCUGCGGACUCGGGCUUUUGGUACGAGCUGCGGCCCGCCGUGCGCGGUGUCAGCAAGUAUCUGCCCGGCGGAAACACGACGAUCCCCCGGUUCAUGCUACUGGGCGAGUUCUUCAACAACACGGCACACUCCAACGGGUUCGCCGGACUGCGGACUUACCCCCAGGGUUUUCACCCGGUCGCCGACGACCGCAAUUACAUUAAUAAACGCCAGCUGACGUCACAGGUCGUCACGUUCCAGCGAUUUAUCUCGUACAAGAACCGGCUCUUCGGGGUGUUCAUGCACGAGAGCGACCACGUCCUCAUCACGGACAGCAUCCUUUCGGACAACGUCGUCUCCGUCGAGUUCAACGCGGACAACUACUGCGCCGUUUCGGACACGCUGAUCGUAGGCCAGACCGCCAACUUCGGGCGUCCGACGGGGUGUGACGUCAGCAGCCUCACCAACUGCCAGCCGGCCAACUGCUCCCUCCCGAUGCGGCAGUCAAGCCCGGCGGACGGCUCCGCGCGCAGCCUGCCGCGGCCGGGCAUUGGGGACCCGAUCGUCGGCGUGUCUUUUGGGCAGGACAUGUGGUUCCAAAAAGGCCCCAACGCUAUCGCCAACGUCACCUUCUCGAACUUCAUCCCGCAGUGCGGGCAACAAGCCGCGGCCGUCUCUGUAGUGGGCGAAGCAGAGAACUUCGCAAAUGGUGGAGACAACUUCCAAGGCCUGCGUUUCUCCGCCAACACUGUGCCCAUCUGGUACAACCCGCGGUGGCAGUCCGUGCCCAUGGGCUCGCUCAACUAUACAUACGAAAUGGAGCAGGCCUGGGUGUAUGCUCUGCGCGACGCGGACGGUUCCAUUGUAGGGGGCAACGGCGGCUACGUCAUCGCCAACAAUCCCACAAUGCUCCCGCCGAACACCAGCGCAGUCAAAUGCACUUUUAACGAGGAGUGGAACGCGUAUGCGUGCCCCGGCGCGUGCUACCGCCACAUCCGGCUUAGCUUCCAGGAGCCCGGCUGGACCAACUAUACCAGCAAUCACGACGCAGGGGGGACGCAGCUAGAGAUCACGCGAGUCGAGGACGGUAGCCGGAUGGUGUUCGACGGCAACCGGCUGGGCCUCUCGUUCAACAACCAGACGUUCAUCGGCAAAGUCACGGGGACUUGGGACCGCUACUUCUAUGCCAACCUCUACGCGGGGCCUGAGGCGACCUACCGCUUAAGGCUGAUCGGCGGCCAGGGCGGCACCUUCCCGGCCACUGCUGAGCUCAGCCUGAACGAUGACGUCAGCUGUGGGCAGAGCCUGCGGCUUCAGAUAGUGUCGACCGAGCCCGCCGCCCAGUGGCAGGCCGUCGAGGAGACCGCGUCAUCCGGGUUUCCCUUCGCUAGCUUCUGCCCCGGCAACGGCCCCUCCGGCCCCUCCCUCCCGGUCACCACUUCCUACCGGUACGUCUGCGGGCCGACCAAUGCGUCCGCGACGCACCUAGAAAUCGUGCUCGCCUCGCAAAGCCCCUUCGCGACCACCAACAAAGUCCAGCUGAACAAGGCCUCCGUUUCGCCGUCGUACUGCCCCCCCGCCCAGCCGUGCGGGCUCGUCGGCGUCGGGAGUGUGUGGGACUACCGGGACGAUGGGCUCGCGAGCGCGCCCGCGUUUUACGAGACGCCGGCCGUCGACAGGGCCUCGGGGAACACCACGAACGCGUGGGUCACGAUUCCGGGCUCCGGUUGGCAGACCGGGCGCGCCCCCUUCUCGGCGGGCUUCGCCAACGACGGAUUAAACACUAACCUGGCCCAAACCAGCGGGUACACCAUGAAGCGCGUGGUGACCUACUUCUUCCGCAAGCAGUUUUACCUAGAUAACCCGGCCUGCGUUUCCCAGUUAAACAUGGGCCUUAACUACCUGGACGGAGUCGUGGUUUACCUUAACGGGCAAGAAGUGGGCCGCAAGAACAUGGGGUAUCGGUAUAAUGACUAUGGGAGUGCGACUAACGUGGCGGUCAACAACGGGUCCUUUGCUGCCCAGCAGCGGGGCGGGGCGUGGUGGGACUCGUUGACGAUAGGUGGCGGCUGGCAAGCGGGUACUAACUUUCUGGCGGUGGAGGUACAUACCGCCCAGUACCGGGGCCUAGGCAUGACGUUCGACUCCUGGCUAUCCGCACAAACCACAUGUUCAACAACGUCCAACGUUUAGUUCUGGAAUUUCCUGUAUUAUAUAUAUACUCCCAAUUCAUAAAUCCAAUGACAUUUUGGUAUGGACAAGGUAACCUAUGGUACAGACGAGUCGGCUCGUAGCGCGCAGCUUCUAUUUCACCAUUUUAGCUUAGCAAGUGGCUAGCUCCGAGCAUGGAGGUUAAACACGUCCUGAUGCCAGCUGCACGAUCCGGCUGGUUUGUUGUUCAGCAACUCAACGCAAUUGCACUUGACUUGAUAAUAUUGAAAGAUCUAUCCUGAGGUGACUACAUAUGGUGCUGGCAUCUGUAUCAAGCACACUGAAGACCGCAUGCAAGGGGUG